AUGUAUCCCUCAGGAGCCAGUGCCCAGACCAGGUGUUUGGAUGAGAAGGCGGCGGCGCAGGCAGGGCCGAUGUUGGUCGGCGCCUUCGUGAAGCAGUGUGCCGCGGACGGGAGCUACGAGACGACGCAGUGCCACGGCUCCACCGGGUACUGCUACUGCGCCCGGCCGGACACGGGGGACGUGUUUCAGGAGACGGCGUACCGGGCCUGGCAGGGUUCGCAGCACGACUGUGGCUCGUACUGGACGGCCCAGGGGCUACUUCUGACCGAUGACGGACCAACAGUUGCCCUUAGCCCGGAGAGGUUCAACUUCGAUGUCGUCCAGCCUCGGCCGACUAACAUACCGUCUCCGGCCGCUGGGAGUCUGGACGACAUCCUGAACUGUGCAGAGGAGAUCACCAACUGCACGGCGCCCGCCCUGCAGACCAUCACCCGCAUCUUCGCCCCGGGAGCGCCCCAGCCGGGCGAGGCCGAGCUCAGGCAGCUCUGCCAGCUGUACCCGGAGAUGGACAAGUGUGUGAAGGACGCGUCCCGGACUGUGGAGUGCAUGGCCACGGGGCAGGACCAGUACGAGCAGUACAAGUCGCAGGCCUCGUCCGAGCCGCCAGAGGUGUGCGAGGAGUACACCAGCGUGGCCGCUAGGUGUCGCCUCUGCGUGGACGUGCUGUUCGGCGCUCUGCUGACCGCCCUGCUGGUCGGCUGGAGGGGUUGAGCGGACCGGAGGAGCUAGCCUCUACCAGGCUGCGGGAGGCGGCUGGAAAGAAUA